GUGUUAUGGAAAACAUAACCUAAAAACCUUUGCAAAUUUUAAAAUUAUACUUUUUUAAUUUAUUGUUGUUAUUAUACAUGUGAUAUUAAUCUAUUUUCCCAAUGAGGAAGAUAUUUUUUUACUUUAAAUAUUAAUUUAAAAUCCAAUCAAAUAUGAUACCAGCUAAAAGAUGUAUUUCUGAAAUUUUAUUAAGAAGAAAUUCUUUUUUCAGUAGAACAUUACUUAAAAGAUCUGCAAGAUUAAGUGUAUUGAGAAUAGAGCAUUGUCGAGGGAAGAAAACAGGCGAUGGUAAUGAGAGUUACACUUCGCUUUUUAAGCCGGUUCCAUUAAAACAAACUUCAGAUGAUAUCAACGUAGGCGCAGAACUCAGUGGUACAUUAUCAACAACAGAAGUUCAAAAAAUAUUGGAGAAAUUCCGAAAACAAAAGGAUGUUGAGACUCUUUCUUUAGAAUAUGGAUUGGAUUCUCACCUACAACAACAAGUACAUGAGAAUUUUAAACAAUAUUGUUUACAAACAAAAUCAUUGCCAGUCGAUCUUCAUGUAAUCUUAAGCGAUAUCAUACAAGGAGCCGGACAUAUAACAGACAUAUUUCCAUAUUAUAUUCGCCAUGCGAAGGAAAUAUUUCCCCACAUCGAUUGUAUCGAAGAUCUCAAAAAAAUUAGCGAUCUUCGAACACCAGUCAAUUGGUAUCCAUUGGCUAGAGAAAAGAAAAGGAAAGUUAUUUUUCACGCUGGACCAACGAAUAGUGGUAAAACUUACCACGCUCUGGAAAAAUUUAAGAAAUCAUCAUCUGGUCUCUAUUGUGGCCCUUUGAAAUUAUUAGCUGUUGAAGUUUUCAAUAAAUGUAAUGAUACUGGUACCCCUUGUGAUUUAAUAACUGGAGAAGAUAAAAGAUUUGCCCGUGGACCUGACGAACCAUCAAGUCAUGUUGCCUGUACAGUUGAAAUGGCGAACGUUAGUACACCCUUUGAAAUAGUUAUAAUAGACGAAAUUCAAUUAAUGAAAGACUUUGGAAGAGGUUGGGCCUGGACCAGAGCUCUCCUUGGACUUUGUGCCGAUGAAGUUCACGUGUGUGGCGAACCCGGUGCUGUUGAUCUUGUUCAAUCACUGUGUGAUGCGACAGGGGAUACACUGGAAGUUCGAAAUUAUAAGCGCUUGACGAAUUUGCUUGUUGAGAGUGAAGCAUUGACUACUUUAAAAAAUGUUCGUCCCGGUGAUUGUAUAGUGUGUUUUAAUAAGAAUGACAUUUACACGGUGUCACGAUCCAUUGAAAGAAUUGGUAAAGAUGUUGCCGUUAUUUAUGGUAGUCUACCGCCUGGUACAAAAUUAGCACAGGCGGCAAAAUUUAACAAUCCAGAUCAUCCUUGUAAAAUAUUAAUUGCCACCGACGCUAUUGGAAUGGGUUUAAAUUUACAUAUAAGAAGAAUUAUAUUUUAUUCCAUGGUCAAACCAACUGUCAAUGGAAAAGGUGAAAAAGAAAUGGACGUUAUCAGUGUUUCAUCUGCUCUUCAAAUUGCUGGACGUGCAGGUCGUUUCGGUACUCAAUGGGAAACGGGCUACGUGACAACGUUCAAACCACAGGAUUUACGAACUUUGAAGACAAUUAUGAAUUCAGCUCCUGAAAGUAUAACGAAAGCUGGUUUGCAUCCAACUGCAGAUCAAAUUGAAAUGUACGCUUAUCAUUUACCAGACGCUCCUCUUUCGAACUUAAUGGAUAUUUUCGUUUCAUUGUCCACUGUAGACGACUCAUUAUAUUUUAUAUGUGACAUGAAUGAUUUUAAAUAUUUAGCCGACAUGAUUCAACAUGUAAAUCUCCCUCUGCGUGCUCGAUACGUCUUUUGUUGUGCACCUAUCAAUAGAAAAUUGCCAUUCCUAUGCUCCAUGUUUCUAAAGUACGCCCGUCAGUAUAGCAAAAACGAUGUUAUUACUGCAAAAUGGGUUCAACAAAACAUUGGUUGGCCACAGACGAAUCCCAUGAAUAUUCAAGAAUUAAUGAAUUUAGAAGCUGUUUUUGAUAUUUUAGAUCUUUACUUAUGGCUCAGCUAUCGAUUCCCGGAUUUAUUUUCCGAUGGCGAUGAAAUAAGAAGAAUGCAAGAAAAUUUGGACUCUUUAAUUGAAGAGAGUAUUAUUAUUUUAACACAAUUAAUUAAAAACUCAAAGAAAGAAAUUAACGUUUUUCGGUUAAUUUCUGUUAAAAAAUUCUUUACAGGUAUCGGCAGCAAAGAAUCAGAUGUAAUGACUUUCGCCCCAGUUAAAGGAAAAGUUUCCGAGUCUCUGAUAGCGAAGGGUCAAUUAUCUCUUGAUAUGCUGCAGGAACUUCAUAAGGAAUGGGAAGAGUCGAAAAAGGGAUCGUCAAAGAAUUUAAGAAACAUAGUCAAGGAUGUACUAGGAACAAAAAGAGGAAGACCAAAAAAGUAAAUUGGAACAAACUGAGAUCAAUUAUGAUUAAUAUUACAUGUAAAUCAAUUUUUUUUUCAACAAAAAUUAUGUAUAAAUAAAAAAGUUUUAUUAUAGAAAAUUAAAGAAAUUCUUAUAAAACAUUA